AUUUUUACGCCAUAGCUUGUCAAGCUCAUCAGGAUACAGAGUAUGAACGAUGUGAAAUUGAUUCCGAUGGUGUAUGUGGUCUUGGCUUUUGUUACGACGAAGGUAAAGGAGUCGAGAAAAACUUGGAAAAGGCACUCGAAUACUACGGAAAAGCCGAAUCCAUGGGUAGCGCUAUAGCAAAAGAAAUUUUAGAAAAGGAUAGAGAUGCUAGAUCUCAGGCCUGGACCAAAUUUGUUGAAAGCCGUUUCACCGAUAAACAUUCUACCAGUUUUCGCCGACA